CGAUAGGGAAACAAAACAAACAAAUCUUUUAUGAGUGAUUUCAUUUGUAGCUUAUCCCGCCAGCAAUCGACUUUGGACUGGAAUCGUCCCCCGCCGUACCAGUUAUUCACUCUUUUGAUAACAGGGUGCUGCGAUUGUCCUGGGCCUGGCCCCUCAUUUCAAUAACUGGCGAACUUGUUAGCCUUCUCAAUUCUGGAUCAACUUUUUUUUUUUUUUUUUGGUGCAUAAAAAAAAGUGCACCGUCGCCGCGACAACUCGACUUAACUCGACCAGAGUCGCUCACAAUUCGUUCGCGACAGACAUCUUACUACGAUCACCACUCAACUUCGCGGCUCCGUUGCCUGACUGAUCGCCAUCAUAUUAGAGCUAGGCAUUGCCUAGUCUCCCAUCACUUAGCCCAACAUGGAUCUUUCCGACAUGGACGAUUCGAUGAACGACUUCCUCGACAAUGAAUCUGAGGGAUACUCACCUGAGCCUAAGCCCAAGGCGAAGCCUGCCGCAAAACCUGCUGCGAAAAAGGCAGCAGCAGCAAAGCCGAAAGCCGCACCAAAAAAACUUACACAAACCAAGCUGACGGCUACCAAGAAGCGCCCAAAGCCCGAGUCUGAUAACGAAGAUGAAGGGAUGGACGGGGGCACAUUUUCUGAUACCCCUCCUAGCUCUGAGAAGCAGAAGAAGGCACCAGCGCCCAAAAAGUCGGCGAACAAGAUCCUCACGGAGAUCGAGAAUGAUAGCCUCAAUCUCGACGAUGUAGCGGACACCAAGCCCCAAACAAAAAAGACCGCGACGGAAACCUAUCAGAAGCUUACACAGCUUGAGCACAUUAUCAAGCGUCCCGACACCUACAUUGGCUCCGUUGAGCGCACAGAAACAAAGAUGUGGACGUUCAACAAGCAGACUGGCCUGGUGGAAAACAGAAUUGUUGCCUUCGUUCCCGGUCUCUACAAGAUCUUUGACGAGAUAUUGGUCAAUGCGGCAGACAACAGUCAGCGUGACAAGACAAUGACAUACCUCAAGGUCACUGUCGACCGCGAAUCGGGUCAGAUUUCGGUCGAGAACAAUGGCAAGGGCAUACCGGUAGAGAUGCACGAAAAGGAAAAGGUUUACAUCCCGGAGCUCAUCUUCGGUCACCUCCUGACGGGUUCCAACUACGACGACAAGGAGCUCAAGACCGUGGGAGGUCGUAACGGAUAUGGCGCAAAGCUCACCAACAUUUUCAGUACCGAGUUCAUCCUCGAGGCGCAAGACUCGUCAAAUGGGAAACGUUACAAACAGACGUGGACAAACAACAUGAGCAAUUGUGGUAAGGCCAAAAUCACGUCGAACAAGACCCAGGAUUUUGUUCGUGUUACCUUUACGCCCGACUAUGCGCGGUUCGGCAUGCCUGACGGCAUCGAUGAUGAUCUGGAGGGUCUUCUGUACCGUCGUGUGUACGACAUGGCCGGCACGUUGGAUAGUAACGUCAAGGUCCAUCUGAAUGGCGAGCAGCUCAAAGUCAACUUCAAGAAGUACUGCGAGAUGUAUGCGAAAUCCAUUGCGCAGGAGCGCGACGACGUCCCCGAAGGCGAAGACAGCAAAGUGGCCGAGGUCAUCUUUGAGGAUCCCAAAGCCCACAAGCGUUGGAAGGUCGGCUUCACCGUCUCGGACGGCCAAUUCCAGCAAGUCUCCUUUGUAAACUCCAUUGCCACCACCCAGGGAGGCACACACGUAAACUACAUUGCCGAUCAGAUCACAGCAGCACUCUUGGCAGAUCUAAACAAGAAAAAGAAAGGUCACUCUUUGAAACAGCACAACAUCAAAAAUUACAUCUUUAUCUUCGUCACCUGUCUUAUCGAGAACCCUGCCUUCACCUCACAAACAAAAGAGCAGUUGACGACCAAAGCGUCUCAGUUCGGCAGCAAAUGCCCCCUGACCGAGCCUUUUCUCAAAAAGGUUCGGCAAACAGAGGCUAUCGAGAACAUUAUUCACUUUGCUGAGAAGAAAGCAGACAAAAUGCUCUCCAAGAGUGACGGCAACAAGCGCUCACGUAUCAGCAACGAGAAGCUUGUUGAUGCCAACUUAGCAGGCACGAAGCACGGUCAUGAGUGCACGCUAGUGUUGACUGAGGGUGACUCUGCCCGUGGUCUGGCGGUUGCUGGCCGUGCCAUCCUGGAUCCAGACCGCAUCGGCGUGUUCCCCCUCAGGGGUAAGAUGCUGAAUGUGCGAGAUGCAUCCAUAGAUCAGAUCCUGAAGAACAAGGAGAUCCAAAAUAUCAAACAGUUCCUGGGUCUCAAACACAAACAGGUGUAUACAGACACCAAGGGUCUUCGAUAUGGUCAUCUGAUGAUCAUGGCUGAUCAGGAUCACGACGGAAGUCAUAUCAAGGGUCUUCUCAUAAACUUCCUCCAAGUGCAGUUCCCUUCUCUGCUGCAGAUCCCCGACUUCUUCCAGGAGUUCAUCACUCCGGUUGUCAAGGUAUGGCAGGGAUCAAACCCCAAGAAGCCUACCAAGCUGAAGACCUUCUUCAAUAUGCCUCAAUACGAGGAGUGGAAGGAGGCCCAUAAGCAUGAAAUCCGUCGGUGGGACUACAAGUACUUGAAGGGGUUGGGUUCGUCAUCGAACGAGGACGCACAAGUCUACUUUACCGAUCUCGACCUGCAUUUGAAGCAGUUUCAUACUAUGAAACCUGAUGAGAUUGAGCUGUUCGAGCUGGCGUUCUCAAAGAAGAAGGCCGAUGCGCGUAAAGAGUGGCUGGGCAACUUUAUCCCAGGUACUUUCUUGGAUCAUUCAACCAAGCAAAUCACCUACUCGGACUUCGUCAACAAGGAGCUCAUUCUCUUCAGCAUGGCUGACAACAUGCGUUCAAUCCCGUCCAUGAUUGAUGGACUAAAACCUGGACAGCGGAAGGUCAUCUUCGCCUGCUUUAAACAAAACCUGGUCAAGGAUAAGAAGGUCGUCGAACUGGCUGGAUACGUCUCAGAGAAGGCCGCUUACCACCACGGUGAGGCCUCUCUGCAGCAGACAAUCAUAGGUCUAGCGCAAAACUAUGUAGGCUCCAAUAACGUCAACUGUCUGGAACCUUCUGGCAACUUUGGUUCUCGACUUCAAGGUGGUAGCGAUGCGGCCAGCGCUCGUUAUAUUCACACUCGCCUCUCCCCUUUUGCGCGCCGUGUGUUUAACCCCCUUGAUGAGCCCGUUCUGCAGCACCAGGUCGAUGAUGGAAAGGCCAUCGAACCCAAGGUUUACGCGCCUGUUAUUCCCAUGGUUCUGGUCAACGGCGCCGACGGUAUCGGUACUGGCUGGAGCACGUCGAUUCCCAACUAUCAUCCCGAGGAGAUCGUCAGGAACAUCAAGCGACGCAUGGGACGUCUUGACGUUCCCGAAGAGCAAGAAUUUGAGCCCAUGACGCCCUGGUGGCGCGGAUGGAAAGGUACCCCGGAGCCAGAAGAUGCCUCCAGGAUCCGCUUCAAGUUUAACGGCAUCGCCAAUCUGGACGACAAGAACCCCAAUGAGGUGGUCAUCACCGAACUGCCCAUUCGGAUGUGGACAGACGACUUCAAGGCCAGGCUUGAAGAAAUUAUACGCGCCGAGAAGACGCCAUCCUGGAUCAAGGACUACAAGGAGUUCAACGACCAUAAGAAUGUGCACUUCAUUAUCCAGCUGGAUGAGAAGCACAUGAAAGAAUUCCGUGACUCUCCAAACCUGCUUCUGGAACGUUUCAAGCUGCAGAAAAACGUCGCUAUCACCAAUUUGGUUGCCUUUGAUACGAACGGACAGAUCCGGAAAUACGACAAAGUUGAAGACAUCCUAGAGGAGUUCUACCACUACAGACUGAACGUGUACGCUGCACGCAAGGCGCACUGGCUUAGGGUAUUCGACGCCGACUACCGGAAGCUCACAAAUCAAUACCGCUUCAUAUCUGAGAUCAUCGACGGCAAACUCGUCGUUUCGAAGAAAAAGAAGAGCGUUCUAGUGCAAGAGCUACGCCAGCGCAAGUAUGAACCGUUUCCCAAGGGCGAGACUGGGAAGAAGGCUCAAGAUGAGGAGGAGGAGUUCGAGGAUGAAGAGGAGGACGAAGUCGCAGAGGGCACUGCAGGCGACUACGACUACCUUCUAUCUAUGGCGAUCUGGUCACUUACACAUGAGCGCCUUGAGCGCCUGAAGAAGCAGCUCGAGGCCAAGAAGGCCGAAUUCGAUGAGCUCAACAGCAAGAGCGAGAAGGAUCUCUGGUGCAAAGACUUGGAUGACUUCGUCAUGGAGUGGGAGAACCAGCUCAAGUUGGAUGCCGAAAUCCAGACAAACAUCCGCCGGAUGGGCCGUCGCGUUUCUAGAAAGAUCGGUGCUGGCAAGUCGGGCGGACGCAAGGCUAAAGCGGAUGACGACUACGCACCGACAAAAGCCAAGGCUCCCGCAAAGGCCAAACCAAAGGCUGAAGCCAAGAAGGUUCCCGAAACCAAGACCCACGAGCGGUGGGAUGCCGCUCUCAAGGCAGAGUCCAAGCCUCCUGUCAAGGCUGCCCCCAAAUCACAGCUCGAUGGCGUCGACGAUUUCUCGGAUGACGAUUUUGCUGCUUUGAGUAAGCCCAAGACCACGAUCAAGAAGGAACCGUCACCCGUCGAGGAGGUUGGCGAUGAGUCCCUGGCACCCAUUACCGCACGCUCAAAGCGUGCUGCGGCUACCAAAAAGAAGCAAUGGAUCGUUGAUGAUGAUGAGUCCGAGUCAGACUUUGACGACAAGAUGCUUGACGAUGUUGGUGCCAUGGUCAAGGGCAUCAACAAGUCGGCAGAUGACACGGGCCCAAAUAGGCUGAGUCUGUUUGCUAUGAACAACGGCGAGAAUGCGGCCUCGACCUCUGCGUUCACCAAGCUCAAGUCAAAGCAGUCCAAGACGUUUGAGCCCAAGAAAUUUGACUUCGACAGUCCGGACGAGACCAACUACGAGGGUCUUGCUCAAUCAAGCCCCGUCAAGUCUGUCAAGGACGAUGUUGAUGAGUUUCUUUCUUCGGACGAUGAUCUCCCUGCUGUGAGCAAGAUCAACGCAGCUUCAAAGCCGGCGGUAGCUCCCAAGGCGCCCCUCAGCGUCGUUUCUACCGCAGCAAAGAAGACCCGUGGCCGACCCGCUGGUGCCAAGAACAAAUCCAAGGGCGACGAGCCUGCGGCUGCCCCAAAGACGAAGACGAAGGCUGCUGCAAAGGCGAAGCCGGUUGCCCUUUCGCCGGCCGCAAAGGCCUAUGCGGCGAAGCUGAAGGCCAAGAAGGCGGCAGAAGACGACGAUGAUGAUGACGACGUCGAUAUGGAAGACACACCACCAUCACCCGCUCCAGUUGCCCCCAAGGCCCGUGGACGGCCCGCACGCGCUGCCGCGGCUGCACCGAAGGCCAAGAAGCCCAUCUAUAUCGACAGCGAAGAUGAGGAUGAGGACGACACCAUGGGUGGUGACGACGGUGAUGAUGCUGGCGAAGACUUCGAUAUGGACAGUGACUGAGACUGGCAAAGAAAUGAAGGAGCUUUCAAAGGCAUUAUGGUUGUGAAGAGGAUUGCGUGUGCAUAGUGGCAGGGGUCUCAUUUUACUCUGAUCUAUUUGCGCUUGUUGUGUUUCGUUAGCAGGACGUUGUUUUUUUUUUUUUUUUUUUUUUUUUUUCUCACACCUGGGGCGGCGCUAGCUGCGCGUUUACGGGAACUACUCUUCCGAGUAGUCUCGGCUCUCUCGAUGCGUUCUGUUUAUUGCACAUGAUUUAAUCCUGUUUUCCUUAUAAGCGUGCCGGGCGCCGGUUCUUAUUUAUCAGCUUUACAAGAUACCACUCGUCUAGUUAUUAACAUGAUGCGUCAACUGGAGUUGACAACAUAUCCCAAUAUAUUCACUUCUACAAUGCC